AUGGCGUGACGCGGUUGUAUUAGCUGUUAUCAUAGUGUGCUCCUCUCAUUGUAGUCGCUCAUCUUUACUAUGUGCUGUAUGUUAUCACUGGUUGUAGUGUCCGCUUUGUUAUUCUCAUCUCAAUCUCAGGGGGCUGCCUCAAUUGCCGAGGAGCCGAGACUAGGCUGGCAACAGAUCCUGCAGGAUGUGAGCAAGUCCUCAAGCCUGGCACAGGUGCUGUCAGAGUACCUGGCGGAUAUUGAGACAGUGGAGGCGGCGACGUCAAGGUGCUCCAAGGGCCACAGGGAUAAACAUCUCAGUGCGUACAGACACCUGGAGGAGUUGCUGCGGCAGUGUGAGGGUAGCAGCGGCCGACAGAGAGGGGCGCUGAGCCGCUGUGUGGAGGACAGUACCGAGGGAAUGGUCAGCGAUGUGCGGCAGCGAAUCAACGAGCUAAAGACCUGCGUAGAUUCCGUAGGGUGAUGUAGAAGAGAUGAGACGAUAACAUAAUCUAUAAAUAGAAUCUGUGAUUCUGUGAUUAGAAAUUGUGUGUGAUCGCAAAACGCUAAGAGUGCCAUUGAGAAAGCUGUUUACUUAUAUAUUAAAUACAAAAAUAUUGGCCACUUCAUUUAAUGCAAUUUAAAAAAAAGCAAUAUAGUAUUGUAAGGAAUUUUUUUAUUGAAAGCAACUCCUUAAUGAAUGAUUUUAAGGAAAAUUUUUCAUAUGAGGUAUUUAUAACAAUAAAUGUACUUCUUGAAUAGUAGAACUAAAUAUUAUUUUGUUAAAUGUUUACUGUCACGGAUAACUACAUGUAAUUGUAAGUUAUGAACGUGCCAACUGACAUAUUAAACGUGCAUAUAUUACAUAUUAAAAUAUCUGAAGUUUGAAAUUGUUUUAUACUUUUGGAUUAACACCUCAAAUACUAAAAGUAUGUUUUCAAAAUGUUGUAGUAAUUUGUAUCCACUGUUCACAAUCUUUGCGUUCAACAAUUCAAAUCACUUAAAACAUUAGACUAGCCAACUGUGAAAUUUUAUGCACUACUAGUGCUGCUAGUGAUCUAUGUUACAGACAACCCCGAACUAUUUUACUAUCGGGAGUCAGUGACUCAUUCGUUGAGGAAAAAUGAGGUUUAAGUAUAUGUAACAUAUCUGAAUGUGUUUUCCAGGAAACUUUUGGCGAACAGGACAAAAAGUUUUAUUUCAAUACGUUUAACAAUAUAUUUUCCUCUAUGACAUCAAUUCCAUUUAGUACACUGGAUUAUCUCUAUAUUACACAAUCUCUCACCAAAGUUAUUCUUGUCAUCGAUAUGUGAUUCUGUUGUUUAUAAAAAUUAAAUAAUUCUAAUGGUUUUCUAAUAUUGUAAAGCCUAAUAUUACCUUUUGUUACAAAAUAAAAAUCGACUUACUUUCAAUUCUUGCUUAUAAUAAAAUUAUGGCCGUUGUAUUAAAAAAGGUUUUCCUGCAUAUCUCAAAAACCACCUAUCGUAAUACCGUUACAGGAGAAUAAAUUACACAUUUCGUAUGUCUAAUUUUAUAGCUAAAUAUUAUACGAUUAUUUUAUUUACAUAUACUAAAAGUAUAUUUAUGGGAUCUUCUGGUGGAUUAGGCAAUGGUAAAAUGGAUUAAUAUUUAAUUGUUAAAUACUUUUUAUUUUAACGUCACCAUUUUUAGAUAUAAAGUGCAUUUUAUCAAAACCAACAAUUCUGUCUUCAAUUUAUAGAAGGUUAACAUUUGGGACAGUGACUACGUUUAUAUAAAAACCUUAAUUAAGUCCAUUAUUUCCUUCAUCUCUAGCAGGAAAUCUCCAUUCGUUCUUGGUAACUCACUAUAACUAUCGUAUUACUAAAAUUAUUUCUGGAAUAAUAGCUCCAUUUUUUCACAUGUCAGUUACAUCAAUGUACUGAUUGGUGCCUAACAGAAUGACAUUUAAAAAGAUAAAAAUAUGUCCAAAAUGCAUUAUUUCUACAAUAGACUUUUACUAGAGGAUUUUUAUAAUAAUUUAAAGCAAAGUAAAUUAUCAUUUAUUUUAUUUGAAGCUCUAAAAUUACUUUGUUAAUACUUUGAGUUAGUGCAGUAUUGUUUUAUAACAAUUCUAGAUAUACGUGGGCAAGAACAGGUCUGCAUGUACUUUAUUUCAAACUUAAACCAAAUAUUGGGAUACAUGUUUACUAUUGUUUUCAUUAUAAUAAAACUAACAACACCUAAACUCCCAAAAAUUGCUAUCUAUUAUUUGAAAAUUAAUAACCUAUUCCAUAAAUUUUGAGUUUGGUUUAAUAUUUCUGGAGUCAAUUUAGAGCAGAUCUUUUUCACUGUACAAUUGGUGUAAGAAGCUAGCCUAUAAGACACCCACUAUAAAUUCAAACUUAUAGUUACUUAUAAAAUCUUAAAUUAGCAGACCGUAACCAGUUUUCCCAAUAAGAUUUAUACAAGCGUGGAAGAUGGCCUUAAUCGUCUGUACCUUCUUAAGGAUCUAACUACCUUCUGUAGUAAGGUCUGAUAGUCAUCGAUUACAUUAGAGUUUUUCUGUCACCGCAAUGGAUUUUUACUCCACAUAUGUCUCAUAUGUCUUUAUUAUGUCCCAGUAGGUCACUCUUAUAUCAUAAAUUCUUCUUACACUUCGUUAAUUUCACUUCAUUCAUAGAAAUUGAUCUAAUUAAUCGUUCAGUGUUCAGAUGUAUACACGACAGAAAUCAAAUAUCAAGCGCUUUACAAACCCUUUCUAAUAAACUAUUUAACAAUAUAUAAAUCUGUUUUUGAAUUUCUGUUUAUUAUAUUUCCACUCCAUGAUGAGUACACGUAGAAUUUAUUCAAACUAUGUUUAAUUUAUUAAAUUUCCUUAAGUUUUUCAUUGUAUGUAAAUUUUAACUGCUCUGUAACGUUAUGUUUAUGCCUUAUGAAAUUAUUUUAAUUAUUUUUAAACAAAACAACCCUUUAAGUUACAGUGGAUUACUCAACCUACUACCUAAGUAGAGCACAUUUAAUGUCACGGCCAGAAAUGGUAGGUUAAUUAGUUUACUGUCAGCACCUGUCUUAUUGGCAUUUGUCUUAUCAUUGACAUUUGUUUUAUUCGAAUUGCACAAUCACUAUACCCCACACUAGAUUCACCGAUCGUUGACAAUGAUGUGCCGCCCACAAUUGAUAUGAUAUAGAGACAAGCUUCAUAUUGUCAGUAAACGUUUUAUGGCCGUUAUUACCAGUUGUUGAUUUUUUAUGUGCUCUUAAAGAAAAGUCAACCUCUUCGACCAUGUCAGGGAUACCUCUUGUUUAGUGUAACAAGCAGGGAGAGAGUGAAGUGUGAACUUAGCGCACAGGAAUCUAUCCAGAACAUGUAGGAUUUCUCCAGUUUCUCUCUCCAGUUUGCGACAAUCUUAGAAGGUCAUCGCGUUGUAGACGGGUCGUACUCUCAACAUCGAGUGAAUCCAGUACAUAUACUUUUAUAAAUGUGAAGUUUCAUCUCUUAAAUCUUAAAAUAAGAAGGCAUUAAUACUGUUAAAAGACCAGGCAACACUUAUGUUCACCACUACCCCCCGAAUAUGUUAUUAUUAACAAUAGCAGUUUAAAUAAUCGUGCAUACUGUAGCGCUCAGUAUAGUUGUACCGGUAUAACAGUGAUGUUUAAAUUGUUUUAUGUUCUCUACACGCUUCUACUUUCCGAAAACUGUCAUAUUUGUUAGUUCAAAGUUUAUUGUUAGAAUUCAGAGGAAAAUACAUGUAUGAAAAUAUCUGGAAUAGUGAGUCCGUCAACUCGCAAAUGAAUAUUUUCGUUAGAACGCUUCAUAUCCCUUACAAGCAGCAAUAACAAGGAUCGUAUUAUGUGACCAAACCCGUAGUAAAUAACAUGAGUUAUUGAAGUGUGGUAAACAAGAGUUGUGAAACCAAAUGAGUUAUGUAUGUUGUUGUUUGCGAGCCACUCAUGUGGCAUAGACGUCUUUAGUACUCGAGUGAACGAGCCAUAACUUCGACAUGAAAGUUACAACUUACUGUGGUUAAAUAUAUGUAAUCAUUUUUACAUGUAUUUUAAGACAUUAAGUUUUUUUACUUUCAUUCUAUUAACUUUAGUAGCAUGCGUUGCACGUUAAAAUACAUAUUAAAAUAUAAACAUGAUCUGAAAUAGUUCAUAUUAAACCAUGUUUAUUAUUUAUAUAUGGCUUAGUACGUUUUUACAUUAUACAUUUGUUUUUUUUAUUAUUUCAUUAAAAACACUAAACAUUAUUAAUAUUAUUAAUUGCCCUCCACAAAGUACAAUAAGAUAAACGUGUAUAUACAGUAUAAAAUCGUUUAUCCGGACCUCAAUCAUCGGGAUCUUCGGAAUAUACUUAGCAGUUUUAAAGAUUUAAGAAGAUAUAGGAGUACAAUAUUUGUAAAUAAUAAAGUAUUUUACAUAUGUUCAAGCAUAAUUUGUUUCUCGUUUAAACUUGUUCGUAGUUCGGAACAACAAGCAAACAUCAGACACAACGAUUCCGAGUCCCGUUCCGGCACUUAAGCGCACGGACAUGAUUACAAUCAACCAAGCCUUCUAAAAACCUUAUCAGCAGAUUAUUAUUUAACGGUAAGAGUCAACAGUGGAAACUAAUUUAAAAAUGAAGAACCGGAAGAUGUAGAAAUAGAUAAAUUAUGAAACUAUUUUAUACAAUUUUAAAUAUUUGAAUAUACAAGUAAUUGUAACAUUCACGUCUAAAAGCGAACACAAGCUGGGAAACUGUGUUUACUUGCGUCUGCAAAACCAUAGGACUUAAUAGAAACUUCAUUAGCAUAACAGAAAUCGUUUUAUAAGGCAGCCCUAGACAUAUUCAAUCAUUUAUAUAAGUAUAUAAUUGUACAUAUUGUAUACAUAUGGUGAGUCAGCUAAGGUGCCUAAACCUAUAUUAAGAAAACGGAUAGAGCUAUAACAAAGAAACAAGCGACCCUGCCUAAUAAAAUACAUUAAAUCUGUUUAUAAUAACUUCAUCCGGUUUAAAAAAACAAGAUAUACAAACCUGAAGUUCUCUGAUCUGCAUCUCAACAAUUUCAAACACAAACCUGUGACAUAUGAUACAUGGCUUUUAAGUUCUACUUAACACAAAAAAGUAAAGUUAGUUUUCAAAACUAUUUUCCCGUUUCAAAUUUCAAACACAUAACAACAUUCGGAUUUUAUAUAAAACUGGUAUUUUAUACAAAUCCAAAAAUAAAACAAUAAAACCCAAAAAUGUUUACUCUGGAAUAAACAUUCCAUAAACUGAACAUAAUUAUUGAAACUUGCCCAAAUCCCAGUAUAAUAAAUAUUGUUUAGAGUCUAAAAGGGCAUACAUAAAAGAUAUUUAUGGAAGAUAACAUAAUGUUUGUCACCUCGUUUUACUUCGUUGAAAAAAUAAUGUUUUCCCUGAAACACCAAUUUUGUUUUGGUUCACCAUUUUUCAUCGGUAAAUUGAUUUAACAAAAUUAAAAACAUUUAAAACGAUUCAGAAGAUUUAAUGAUAACAAGGUGCUACAGGUGAUUGUUCUAAAGAUUUUAGAGAGCAUUUACACUAUCAAGAAACAUUAGUCGUGGAAUUAAGUUUAUUAUAUUUCCACGAAAUUAGAAAUUAAUUAUUUCCCAAGAAAACCUUGUUGAACAAACUUUAAUAACUUGAAAUGAGGAAAGAAAGGAACAAGAGGAGAUGAACCGGAAUCCUCUGAGACUGUCUUAGAAUCUUACUAAGUGAAAGAAGGUGAUGGUGAAGUCAGAAGGAAAUGAGGUGUUCAUCUUACAGAACUUCGGAAAUGAGAAUGAUGAUUAACGUGGGCAUUUUAUUAUUACCUUUAGGACACAGUUAUAUUUCUUAUUACUUGUCUCCCUUCUCUAUUCAAACGUAAAUGUAUACAUUUAAAUAUUACAUAAUUCAGGGUGCAUCGUUUGUUUUACUGUACUUUAGGAUUUUGUGGAUGUUUGUAAGUAUUAAUAUCAGGAGAAUAAAUGCUUCAACACGUCUUUUUAUUAUUGGGCUAAAAUAUUUUUAAUGUUAUAUUAAUUUUUUUAAUGAUGCUUUUCAAAACAUAUCAGACAACCGAGCGGAGAUCCACCACUACAGAUUUGUGAAGCCCAACUCGAUCAACUCAUAUUGUGUGUGGAAGGGAAUAAAAUAGUUUUAGUUUUUUAUUUCAAUAUUAUGCAAGAUAAAAGGUUGGUGUAAAAUGAAUCAAUAAAGCUAAAUAUUAUUUACAUUAUUACAUUUUAUUCAAGAAAUAUAUUAUACAACACUGCUCGUAAUCUAGUGAGAAACGUGAAUCGCUAUAUCUAUCUACUACACUGGGUAACGUAAUAAAAUAUAUAGGGUAACGUGAACUGUGUUACUAUAUUCAUCUACCUAAAUCUUACCUAACUUGCACUCGUCUCCAGGAAUACCUCUGAAUUGAGUUCCAAAUUUAAUAAUUAUUCCUAAACUUACAACUUGUAAGAAACAUUAAACAAGCAUCAAUGAAAGAUUUCAUUUAUACACUUAUGUAUAGUCUUGUCUCUACAAGUUUUUAUGGUGUUGUUGUACAAAAUAUGUACUGUAAAAGUAAAUGGAAUUCUACAGAAUAACGUUACUCGGGGUAGCCAUGAUGCUAAUUGGUCAGAAUUUUUUCGAUUUUUUGAUUGGGUACAAGUUAAUAUGUAUAUUUAUCAGUCAUGAAUUUUAUUUUAUUUUACAGAGAAACUAUUUUUACAACGUUAAAACAUAGUAAACGUUAAAUAAAUCAAAAUUUAAUUUAAUUCCAGAUCCUAGCACUUAAAAUUUAUAAUUGGGCUACUUAAUUAAAUACUAAAGAUAAUAAUAUUAAGAAGAGGGAUUUUUUUAUCAGAGGACUUUAUUGAUCAAUUUUUACAAAGGUAUGGAGAGGCCUCACCGACCCAUAUAUUUUUCUGGAACUAUAUCCGUUCGCAAUAAAACCCCUAUGUAUUGGAUUCUUGGCAAAGUCAACAUUUUUCUCAGGGUUAAGAUUUUAAUAAAAUUAGAAAUAUUUUUAAUAAAUAAACGUAAAUAUAUCAAAUAUAUGCAUGUAUCAUUUAUUUUAAGGUUACUUUUAUGAAUAGUCCACUCAUCAAUUGUCCUCUAGAAACCACUUAUAUUGAACGGUAAAUUUAGAAAUAUAGAAUAUUGUUAUUAAUAUUAUUAUUAUCAAUUUUUUUUUGUCAAAUGCACAGUGAAUAGUGAUAACUGAAAUAAAAUGUUAUAAUUAAAAAACACUAAGUUUUAUUCUAUAGGAAUUCAUUUAUAUGAUAGAUUUAGAACUACUCUAAAAAUGAAUUAGACAACAUUGUAUCACUGUUACUUUUGAAAACAUUUCUAAACAUUAAAUCACAGUUCCUUACUA